UUGAACGGCAGUGUCGCUCUCUCAUAUUGACAUUUCUUGAGCUUCUUGAUUUGUCACGGACUCUGUCACAGAUUGAAACUGCAAUUUUAGGGUCUACAGCGCAACUAUAGUCUAGUGAAGAAAGGAAAAGAUCUGGAAAAAAAAUGAAUAAUCGCAAUGUGGAAAUAAAAAGUAGACUGCAGGAUAUUGAUUCUGCUAUCUCGAAAGCUAAACAGCUAAGUGGAUCGAACAAUGCAAUUGUAAUAAAACAACAUGAUACUUUCUUUAAAGCUGCAGAGGGACGAUUAAAAAUACGACAAUUUGAGGAUAAUACUGCAGAGUAUAUCUUUUAUAAGCGACCCAACGUACUAGGACCCAAGUUGUGCAGUUACAAUAAAAUAACUCUAAACACGGAUACUACUGAAUUGCUAUUGAAUAUUUUAUCAGAAUCUAUGGGAGUGGUAGGGGUUGUCAAGAAGAUUAGGCAGUUAUUUAUUGUUGGACAAACUCGAAUACAUAUUGACCAAGUCGAUGGUUUAGGGAAUUUUGUAGAACUUGAGGUAGUCUUACAGGAAGAUCAAGAUGUAGAAACUGGACAGAAAAUCGCUAAUGAUUUGAUGCAAGCAUUGUCUGUAACAAAUGAUGAUUUGAUAGCCGAAGCCUACAUAGAUUUACUUAACAAAGCAAAUGUGCAAGUAUAGUACUUAUAUAUGUAAACUUAUAUAUGUAAUAUUAUAUAGUACUUAUAUAUAUAAAUUUGUGCCUUC